GACACGACACAGACGCUUUGAUCAAUAAGUCGAAGCCGAUUUAUUCAUUUGUUCUUUACACAUUUGAAAUUAUUGUAAAUAUGAUUACGAUUUUAAUAUUGUUGGUUUUAAUGCUUGUCAUUUUAACAUCUUGGAUGAUAUUUAUUAAAGAUUGUAACAAGUUUAAUUUUUCCGGACCGAGACCUCUUCCUUUAAUAGGCAAUGGAUUUUUACUUCUAACAAAAUCAAGAGGAUUUCUGCCUCUUCUUCAUAGAUUGCGAGAAGAAUAUGGUGAUGUAUUCAGGGCGCACCUGCUUCACACCGUGUAUGUUGUGCUUUCACACCCAAAGUAUAUCGAGGACCUCAUGUCUAGCAACGAGCUAAUAACCAAGGGCUACUCGUAUUAUUUCUUGAAACCGUGGCUUGGCGAUGGACUUCUGACAUCUACAGGUCACAGGUGGAGAACAAUGAGGAAGUUCUUAACGCCAGCAUUUCAUUUCAAAAUCCUACAAAACUUUUUACCAGUUUUCUUGAAAAACGAAAAGAUUCUGAUAAAGAAAUUGCAAAACUACAUAGACGGUAAAGCUUUCGACGUGUUUCCUAUUAUAGCUUUGACGGCUUUGGAUAAUGUCACAGAAUCUAUUAUGGGUGUUUCUUUCGAUGCUCAAAACAACAGCGAAUCUAAAUAUGUAAAGGCGAUCGAGUCCCUUUCUAAGAUCCUGUCAUUGAGAAUGCGAAACCCGUUCGUAGGCGAAGACCCAAUAUUCAAUUUACUUCCGUAUAAGAAAGUACAAGACGAAGCAACGGAAAUACUACACUCGCAUACAAGAAAAGUGAUCAACUUGCGACGGGAUGAAUUGCAAAAGUCAAAUAUAAAUAUCAGUAUUUUGAGUGAAAACUUUGAUUUGGGUAUAAAAAAUAAACACGCAUUUUUGGACCUACUCCUUCUAUCUGAAAUCGACGGCAAACAAAUCGGCGACGAACACGUGAGAGAAGAAGUCGACACAUUCAUGUUCGAGGGCCACGAUACGACGACGUCCGGAAUUUGUUUUGCUCUUUAUUGCCUCUCAAAACAUCCUGAAGUUCAAGAGAAGAUCCUAGAAGAACAGAAGAGUAUCAUUGGAGCCAACUUAAACAGAGAUCCGACUUACGCGGAAGUGCAACAAAUGAAAUACUUGGAACUAGUUAUCAAAGAGAGUCUUCGGAUAUAUCCUUCCGUACCUUUAAUAGAGAGGCUCGUUACAAAAGAUACAGAGAUAGCUGGUUUAAAAAUAAGAAAAAAUGCGUCGGUGAUAGUGAACAUCUUCGAAAUGCAUCGGCAUCCCGACAUUUAUGAUAAUCCUAUGGAGUUCCGACCUGAGAGAUUUGAAGCCACAUCAGCUAGUAUGGCGAAGAACGCUUUUAGUUGGCUUGCUUUUAGCGCUGGCCCGAGGAAUUGUAUUGGUCAGAAAUUUGCGAUGAUGGAAAUGAAAGUCACUAUAGCUGGUAUCAUAAAGCACUUUAUACUCCUGCCGGAGUACAAGCAAGAUAUAGGGCUCUGUGCCGAACUCAUACUGCGAUCUGAUACCGGAGUUAAAUUAAAAUUAAAACCUAGAGAUAAAAAACACUAAAAAAAAAAAAAUAUUUUAAUCUAUUAUAAAUAACAUCUACAUCAACAUCUUUAUUUAAAAAUAGUAGCUACAAAACUAAUUUAAGCGAUUAAAAACAGACCGAUCAACUUGUUUGUUGCUUGAUAAGCAUAAUGUACAUUGAAGUUUGUAUAAAUUAUAGAUUAAUAAUGUGUAAGCAGAUGAUAUUUUUAGUGUCAAUAAACAAAAACAAGGUUAUUGGAUUUUCUUGGAGUAAACACAUCGUAGACAGAGAAAGAAAUAAACCAAGGGGCCGUGAAACCGCGAUUGAGACAGAGAUACCUAGUCAAUUUGUGCGUAUAAUGUUGCCAUAGUAACUGAUAAAUAAUUUUCAGGAUUUAAUUAAAACAAAAUGAAGUUAUU